CGCGCUCGUAUUCGUGAGCGUACAAGUGACGAUAGGAGAGGGCAUAAAGAUCCCAAGCUAUUGCGGUUGCGAGCUUCUGCUUCUCGACUUUUGUCCCUCCCACUCUCGACUUCCAUCGACCAGUACCAUUGAACACAACAUGCCUCCUCUCCGAAACCCCAUCCUCCCCGGCUUCAACCCGGACCCGUCCAUCGUCCGGGUGGGCGAGGACUACUACAUCGCCACGUCCACGUUCGAGUGGUUCCCCGGCGUCCAGAUCCACCACUCCAAAGACCUGGCCAACUGGGACCUCGUGGCCCGGCCGCUGAACCGCAAGAGCCAGCUCGACAUGCGCGGCAGCCCGGACAGCUGCGGCAUCUGGGCGCCCUGCCUGACCCACGACGGCCACGAGUUCUGGCUCGUCUACACCGACGUCAAGCGCAAGGACGGCUCCUUCAAGGACACCCACAACUAUAUCGUCCGCGCCCCCGCCAUCACCGGCCCCUGGUCCGACCCCGUCUACGUCAACUCGUCCGGCUUCGACCCUUCCUUGUUCCACGACGACGACGGCCGGAAAUGGUUCGCCAACAUGCUCUGGGACCACACGCGCCGGCGGCACGCCUUCGCCGGCAUCCGGCUCCAGGAAUUCGACCCCCAAACCGGCACCCUCGUCGGCCCGCGCCGCACCAUCUUCCACGGCACCGACCUCGCCCUCGUCGAAGGGCCGCACCUCUACAAGCGCAACGGCUGGUACUACCUCCUCACCGCCGAGGGCGGCACCGCCUACGAGCACGCCUGCACGCUCGCCCGGUCGCGCGACAUCUGGGGCCCCUACGAGCUGCACCCGCAAAAGCACAUCGUCACCGCCAAGGACAGCCCCUUCGCGGCCCUCCAGCGCGCCGGGCACGGCGACAUCGUCGACACGCCUUCGGGCGCGACCUACGUCGUCCACCUCGCGGGCCGGCCCACCACCCAGCGCCGCCGCUGCGUGCUGGGCCGCGAGACGGCCCUCCAGGCGGCCUACUGGGGCGACGACGACUGGCUGUACGUCAAGGACGGGCCGGUGCCGUCGCUGUACGUCGACGUCCCCGGCACGCGCGACGAGGAGGCCUACUGGGCGGAGCGGCGCUACACUUUCGACUCGGCGUCGGCGUCGGGGGAAGGACGGCUGCACAAGGACUUCCAGUGGCUGCGCACGCCGGAGCCGGAGCGCAUCUUCGCGGUGGCGGACGGGACGCUGACGCUGUUCGGGCGCGAGUCGGUGGGGUCGUGGUUCGAGCAGGCGCUGGUGGCGCGGCGGCAGACGCAUUUCUCGUACGACGCCGAGACGGUGGUGGCGUUUUCCCCGUCGGACGAGCGCCAGUUUGCCGGCCUGACGGCCUACUACUGCCGCUUCAACUUCUUCUACCUGGCCGUCACGGCCGACGAGGACGGGAACCGCGAGCUGCUCAUCCUGAGCUCCGAGUCCUCCUGGCCCGACGGAGACCUUCGCAUGCCGUUCCCCGCUGAGCCGGUCCCGUUGCCGGCGCGGGGGAAGGUGAAGCUCGCGCUUACGAUCCGGGGGCCGCAGCUGCAGUUCUACUAUGCCGUGGAGGGGGAGGGCCAGCAGGAGGAGCUGAAGCCUGUGGGUCCGGUGCUGGAUGCCUCUAUCAUUUCGGACGAGUGCGGCGGGCACCAGGCGCAUGGGAGCUUCACGGGGGCUUUUGUCGGCGUGGCGUGCUCGGAUUUGAACGGCACGGCCGAGCCUGCCAAGUUUGAUAAUUUCACCUACCGGCCUGUUCGGGAUCCCACCGAUCGGUAUGACAUUUAGGAUUGGUGUCUGGGUUGGGGCGGCGGAACGGAUGGCCAGGGAUGUAUGACUAUGAUGAACUACGAUGCGCCAAAGACUGAAUAAGAGGUAUGCAUGUGUUUAUGUAGAAGACAUCCGAGAAUUAGCUCGAGCAAAAUGAAGUUUCGAAGCCGG